AGAGAGAAAUUAGAAAGGAAAACACAGCCACCACCCGCUGUGUUACGGAACCGCGUAACACGGCCCACUACUUAUCUCCGGCAAUGGCACAUCUUUCUCUCUUUUCCAAUUCGGUCAAACUUAUCUGAUUUCAGGAGGGGGAAUUCGAUUGAACAAUUCGAUCAGAAAAUGACGAGACAAUUCCGGCUGCAGCAGUCGUAUUCGAUGGGGGCGCGGCGGCAGCCGCUGCUGAACAGCGAGUUCUCGUCGAGCGGGGGGAUGAGGCGGGUGAGGGUGGCGGAGAUGGCUGGGGGGACGACAGCGGAGUGCGCGGCGGUGUGCUGCUGCUGCCCGUGCGGGAUGCUGAAUCUGGCGGUGCUGGCGGUGUACAAGGUGCCGGCGGGGCUGUGCAGGAAGGCUCUGAGGAAGCAGCGCCAGAGCCAGCUGCUGAAGAGGGGGAUUCUGCGCUCGCACGGCUACGGCUGCGAUGACGACGACGACGACGAAUACUUCCUCCGCCUCCAUUCCGACAACAGCAGCGUUGUAACCACAUUUGAGUCCGGGAAUGUUCAGGUGAUGGAGCUCGAGAAACAGAUGAUGGAUAAAUUCUACGGCGCCGGUUUCUGGCGGAGUCCGUCGCAGAAGAGCGAUACCUCCGCCCUUACAACCGUCUCCAUCUAGUCAAAUCAUUAUAGUUGUAUCUCAAAUUUAAUUAUACUAGUAAUUCAAAAUAUGUACCUAUCAAUCUUUAAGAUUUGAGCUUUUUUACUUAUUUAUAUACUGAUUUUGUUUUAAGUUUUGUAUAGGAAGUCUAAAUCAGGUGCUUUGUUUA